CUCGCCCACCAACGCCCAUCGUCAUUGUUUUUCUGUUUUCUCGUAUAUAAUUUGUUUUUCCCCUUGGAAAUGAGCUCCUGGCGAGACAGUCUGACCAGCAUCCCGGGCACGGUGGCGCAGUUGAUCAACGAGAGCGCCAGCAGCCUGUUGCACGCCUCGUCCUCGCUGGGCUCAACAGUUGGGCCACUGGGAUCGACGGGUUCUGGAUCUGAAGGAGGCUCCGAGGAAAGUGCGCCGCAGGGAGAGUACAGGGCACUGCCCAUCCCAGCUUCCUUGGUGCGAGAGCAGUGGCGGCUGAUCUUCACCAGCGAUGCGAGUAUCCAGGAUCUACAUGCGGCCAUUGCCCAUUGCAGGGAUCUCGUCCUGCUGAGCGAGGAACUCAGCGAUGAGCGACGCUGGCUGGUGCGACACCUGGUGGAUCUGCGCUACUCCCUGCAGGAACUGGAGGAGGCCCAGGAGCAGCAGUCGUUGUCCUCCGAUAUCGUCGUAAUGAAUGCCAUCCGGGCGGUGGUGGGCCAUCAUUUUGUGCCCCACUAUCCGCAUCACGGCAAGCGGAAUCGCCUGCAGGCAGCAGCCCGGAGGAACUACUGUGACCACUGCACCGCCAUCAUUUGGAGCGUGGUUCAGGCAUCCUAUGUGUGCAGCGAUUGCGGGUUCCUGGUCCAUCAGAAGUGCAUCGACAGCGUGAUGAGGGUGUGCGCCCACGUCCAGGUCUCUGAGCGCCAGCAUCCCAUAUCUGAGAUCUGCCCGGAAAUAGGACUGGCUGCCCAGGGAUACAAGUGUGCCGAAUGCGGAACGCUGCUUAAUCUGAAAAACACAUGGAUUGAACCACGUCUUUGCGACUAUAGUGGAUUGUACUACUGCCCUCGUUGCAACUGGAACGAUAGUAACUUCAUACCAGCCCGCAUAAUCCACAACUGGGACUUCUCCCCGCGUAGGAUUUCGCGGGCAGCGCUUCAGGAGAUCAGGCUGUUCCUUAACAAACCCCUCAUCCGUUUGGAAGAGGACAAUCCCAAGCUCUUUGUGUUCGUGGAGAAGCUGUGUGCGGUGAAGAAACUGCGCCAGAAUCUGGUACACAUGCGCCACUAUCUCGCCGCCUGUCGGAUCGCCAGCGAGCUGAAGCUUGUGGAUCAGCAGCUGGGCUGCAGACGUCACUUGGCUCAGUCGAAUGAGUUCUAUUCCCUGAAGGAUCUUACGCAGGUGGAAUCUGGAGCCCUCACCGAUUUCCUGCAGGGAGUGUUCAAAUCCUUCGAUGAACACAUUCGGUCCUGCAAAAUGUGCCUGGCCCAGGCCUACAUCUGCGAGAUCUGCAGCAACAUCAAGGUGAUCUUCCCCUUCGACGACGGAUGCAUCAAGUGCGACCAAUGUAACUCCAUUUUUCACCGUGUCUGCCUGACGCGGAAGAAUAUGAUUUGCCCCAAGUGCAUCCGCAUCCAGGAGCGACGCCUCCAACUGGAUCGCAUAAGGAGCACGGAGGAAGAGGAAGUGUCCACCGAUGAUGAAGUGGCUCUCGCGGAAUAACUGAUUUAAUCAGAGUUUACUCGUAUCUGUGCUGGAUUUUAAUGUUAUUAUAUGUACAUAAGAUUUAACUACAAAAUGUAUAUCUAUUAUUACUACUACUA